CAUGAACCAUGACUCAUCUAAUUAAAACCAGAAUACCAGUGCCUUCACAAGCCACUGGUUUUAUUUUUCAAAAAUUUGGCACAAACUUUUAUUUCACCAACUUUGGUACCACAAGUCCACAAGGAAGCUUCCCUAGUUCCCUUUAUAUAUAACACUAACCUUAUGUUACUUCAUAGCGAAAUACAGUAAUUCAUCACUUGUUCAGUUUUUUUGGGAGAGGAACUAAUACAUACAUAUACACACACAAUGAGUAGCUCAGCUAGAAAUUGGAUUGUGGCUGCUAGUGUAGGAGUUGUGGAGGCUAUGAAGGACCAAGGAGUGUGCAGGUGGAACUAUGCUCUUAGAAAUGUUCAACAACAUGUGAAGAGCCAUGUUAGAUCGUUUUCACAGCCAAAGCAGCAGUUUUCUUCUUCUUCUUCUUCUUCUGCUAUGAUCUCCACUACUACAGUACUCAAGAGGUCCCAGAAAGCUAAGCAAUCAGAGGAAUCAUUAAGAACAGUCAUGUACUUAUCUUGUUGGGGUCCUAACUAAAUGUUAGUAAUGAGAUCCAUUUGGGACAACAGAGGUUAUGCCUUAAUUAGAAUGAGAUUUCUGUCUCUUGCUAUAUCAGGCUUUGUACAAAUUGAUUUUUAUUGUAUAGUCUAUGAAAUGGAAUGGAAUGAUGUUACAUGAUCGCUGCAAUGAAUUGCAGUUUCAUAUAAUCUGAUUAGUUUUUAUUA